GCGGGCACCGCACGCUGCAGCCUUGCCCACGCUGGCCGAGCGUGCGGGAGCCCCGUGCUCCCCAGCGUGAUCGGGUACCAAAGCAGCUCCCCACAGUAAACAGCUUCAUCAUGCGACAGAGCGCAGGAAGUUGCAUCGCAGGUUUUGUGGGUUUAUUUCCUUUGGCGAGGCGUGGAAAGGGGGAGGCUGGCUUCGGUGCUGAAAGUUGCAGUCAUUAUUUUGGAACCAGCAUGUGCACCAACAUAGUGUAUGAGUGGCUCAAGACCCUGCAGCUCCCCCAGUACGCUGAGUCCUUCGUCGACAAUGGCUACGACGACCUGGAGGUCUGCAAGCAGAUCGGGGACCCGGACCUAGAUGCCAUCGGCGUGGCCGUGCCCCACCACCGCCGCCGGAUCCACGAAGCUGUGCGGCGGCUGAAGGAGGCGGACGAGACGGCGGCGGGGCUAUACUUCACCCUGGAGCCGCAGCCGCCGCCGCGGCCGGCGCCCCCCGGCACGGGGCGCUGCCCUCGGCGGGUGGCGGGGCAGGAUGAGGCCCGGCGGGGGGCGGACCCCCGGCACCGCCCCAGCGGGCGGUGGCGGGCGGGCGGCAGCGGGGGUCUCAUCGCGUACCCCAGGCUGAAGCUGAAGAUCAUGAUCCGGGACAAGCUCAUCCGAGACGGCAUCAACCUGAGUAAACCCCCCUACUCCAACAAGGUAAGAGGGCUCCAGCCGCCCCUGUCCUCAGGAGGGGCCGGGCCACCUUGGUGUUCCAGCGUGGUGGUGGCCGCUGGUCUGGGCCUCCCACUGGCAGCAGGAUGUUGA